GGGAAGAGUAGCUAGUAUUUAGGCGCUGACGUUGUGCCGACCCUCGUCAACAAAGGGCAAAUGAAAGGCAGUGAGAAAGAGAGAGAGUAGCAACAGAGAGUUGAACUGGGCCAGCCCGAUUACAAGUCCCUUGAGGAGAUAACUCGCACGGCGAAGAUGGAGUGGAAAUGAAACGAAAGGAGGUGAAGAAGAAGAAGAAGAGGAAGGACGAAGUAAGAACGGAAGAAGAAAAACAGAGAGAUGCCAGUCGCGAUGGGAAGAGAGGAGGGGAAGGGGAAGAGAGGAAGAGGACGAAGUGGAGGGAUGAAGUAGGGACUUGCUUUUUUACAGCAGUGAUGAGGUACAGAUCAAGUAUGGGAGGGCAGUCGGUAACCGGUAAUAAUAAUGCCAAUCGAUACAAUAAUAAUCUAACAAUAAAUAAUAAAAUCGGGAAAAAGAACAAUAAUAAUUUUAAACGACCGGCCAGUGUCGAGGGACGGAGACUUUGGGUCUGGGAGGAGUAAUUCAGGGAGCGCCGCCGACCGAGACCCGCGGAUCGAGUCGCCCACUUCUGGAGUCUCUCUUCUAGUACUCUCUCUCUCUCUCUCUUUUCUCCUGGGCGGCUUGACUAAGUCACUUACUUAGUUGGUUGGGCUCCGGCAUACGCGCACGGCGAAAAAGUAGGGCUUUUUUUUACCCACUGAGUAAAGAAUAGGAAAAUAUAAGUGGAGACUGGCGCCAGGGACCGACUUCAGGGCAGGGGAGAAGGGAAGGGGGGGAAAAAAUAAAUAAAAAAGAAAAAGAAUAUUUGAGAGUAAGUAAAAAUAAUAAAAUAAAAUAAUGAAUAAUAUAAUAAUAAAAGAGGGGGGGGAGGGAAAAAAAGGACUGAAAGCCUGAG